AUGGUCAUCUUCGAUAAUGUUUCCAAUGGCUACCGAGAUAUUUUCCUACCUCUAGCAUGCGAGGAUGAAGUCCUGCGUGGGGCGAUUCGAGCUGUGGCGGCUCAGCAUCUGGCUCUACGACAUCCAGGUUUUCAGGGCAUAGCAGAAAUUGGCCGUGCAGCGAUCAUCUCCCGGCUUCGGCGCGAUUCUUUGCAGGCAUCCUCGGACAGCAUCGUUAAUCUUCGCACGUGGGCAACCCUGAUUGUUCUACUCGUGGGUGAAACCAUCACAGGCAGUCCCGAGUACUCUCAUUUACUGCGCACACUACUCUCCCUGAUGCCGAGCCUCUGUCAAAUGGAGGCGACGCCCGCCUAUCGCUUUCUUGUACAACAAACCCACAUGUUUCAAUUUCUCGGACAGCCGUUGCUUAAUGAAACCCAAGGCAUGAAUGCCCUAGGCUUUCACCCUAGCCACUACCUUGAUUGGACCGACUAUGAACUACCCCCCGAGUCCAGGCACAAUAGGGUUCUUUGGGUGGUCAGACAGGCCUUUAUCGAAGCUUCCCAAAUUUAUAUCCUCCGAGCCACUACCAACCACGACCUAUGGGAUCGACUGGAGAGCUUGAAGCAGCUGGUGUCACGCGUUGACCCUGAUGAGCAAGGCGCGCAUGCCCUUGUUUGGGUGUGUUUCAUCGCCGCCGCCGAUUCUACUGACCCAGAACACCGGCGAUUCUUCACAGAACGCAUGAACCAGGUUUUCGCAAAGACCAAGUUCCAAAAUAUUGUUGCAGCUGUCCGGACCUUACCAGAGAUCUGGGCACAACAGGGCUCCGGGCGCUGGACGUCGAAUUUGAUCCAGCUAACUCCCACGCUCAUUAUGUAG